AUGAAUUCGACCAGGGCCGAACUGAGCGAGAAACGCCCCUCCCAAAGCUCUACAUCCGAGUCCCAUUCGGUCAGCUUUCAAAACUACCCGGUAUCCCUAGUGCCUCCUGGAGAACCUCGGCUUCAGCACAGCUCACAACAGUCCAUAGCAAAUUUAGAAAGCCAAGAACCUGGAGCGACUUCGCCCCCUCCUACAGCAGCUACGACUGCUCCCUCGCGUUCUUAUCAUCCCUUGUCUUGGCCAGUCCUUACUCUCCUAGCAUUGCCUUCUGUACUCGGUGUUCUUGCCCGUCUUGGGAUCCAUUCCUUGACGACUUACGAUGGCGACAGUGUCUUUGCCCUUGCUUGGGUGCAAGGGAUGGGAUGCUUCGUUAUGGGUCUUGCUUUAGGCAAAAGACAAACGAUUUCAGAUUUCUAUCCGCCGUUGUACACUGCUAUCACGACAGGAUUCUGUGGAUCAUUAACCACAUUCUCCAGUUGGCAGCUAGAUGUAUUUCAGGCUUGGUCUAACGCUGGCGGUUUUCACAGAGGCUGGCUGCGAGACGUUAUAGACGGCCUUACGAAAUCCGCCGUUACAGCACUGGUCUCGUUGGGGGGAUUGAGCUUUGGUCUACAUAUUUCAACUCAUAUUCCCUUCAAACCUCCUCGAUUCAGGCCGAACUCGGCCCACGGCAAAAUUAUGGGAAUUUUAUCAUUAUUAUCCUAUCUUGCAACCAUUCCUCUCUACUUCAAACUUUCGCCCAAAUUUCGAAUUGAUGCUACAUCGGCUUUAUUAUUCUCAUUUCCUGGCACUCUUACAAGGCAUAUCCUUGGAACAUAUUUUAAUGCUCUACGAGCCAAUCUUCCCAUUGGUACGCUGGGAGCAAACUCCCUUGGGACCGGACUUCUGGCUGCUUUUCAUGUCAUCCAACGCACACCUGUGACACCUACUGCUUGCGCUAUCCUCCAAGGACUGAUCGAUGGGUAUUGUGGUUGUUUAACUACUAUCAGUACAUUUGCCGUCGAGAUUAGGGGGCUCAAAGGCUGGCAUGCUUGGAGAUAUUUUGCUUUGAGCUACAUUAUUGGACAAUUACUUAUGGUAGCCAUAGUUGGCGGCUCCUGGUGGAGUGGAAGGGUGAAAGAGCAUGGGAUGUGCUCCGGACCAAUAUAG